AUGGCCCGACACAUCAACCGCCAGAUCCACUGGCUUACGCCGGUGAGUAUGGUUGGCGCACUGUUGCUCGGGGGUCUCUUCGCUCUCGGUCAUGAUCUGUUCUACGCGAACCUGGCGGGAACGGCAGUUGCGGCAGAUUCUUUCGAGUUGGCUGGCGCCGAGGUCUCAAGGCAGCAGCUGAACCUGGCGGCUGGCACAACACUUGCAUUUCUUUUCAAGAGCUCCGUGGUUUCCGCCGUGUCAAUCGCCUAUUUCCAGGCUGUCUGGCAUGUCGUUAAGGGUAGCAAACGCGACAUCGACAUCUCCAACAUGGACGUUCUGCUAUCGGCCUUGGGUAAUGCCAUCUCUUUGGUCAGCUUUUCGACAUGGCUGAAGGGGCCUCUACUUCUCCUUAUAGCUAUUAUAGCUUGGCUCGUUCCCGUCGUGUCCAUCAUCACCCCUGCGACUCUCUCGGUCGGCUUCGCGUCUCCUCCAGAUGCGUCUCUACAGGUCCCAAAUGUCGCAUUUACUGGACUCAGCCUCCUUCGUAUGAUGCCGAGAAACCCCGGUCGGGAUAUGACACCUGCGCCAUGUCGUGACCGCAACAACCCUAACCGUCCAACCGACUGCGACAAUGAUCUAACCAACUACUUGUAUAACGGGCCGAGUGAUGCUGUCAGCAAAGUAGUUGUCGCUACUGCCGCAGAGGGAAAUAUCAUUUCGGUAGAUGCGCCUGCUCCAAAUUCGAGCUGGAGUCUUGAGUUUCUGGGUCCGACGUUGCGAUGCGACGAAGUCACUGGAGAUACCAGACGCCGAAUUGAAGAAAGCAUCACCGACUAUACGGACCGUUAUUGCGAACAGGCGCCGGGCUACGUAGCUUGGACACCACUCAACAAUGAGCCCGAUUCUCUUCUGCCAUAUGCCCUUGUUGAAAAUAGCAAAAGUGGCAAAAAGACCGAGUUCGUCUAUAACGGGUUCACCAUAUUUGAUCGUCAAGGCAGAAAGGCAUGGGAGGCCGUUGAUAAGGGACAGAAUGACAGGAAUGAUUUGGUUCUUUUCAUGGCCAUAGUCCCGGCGGCACUCAAGUUGGGCUCGAGGCCUGACGAUAGAUUCGCAUGCGAAAUGGCCUCGAAGAGCAGGAGUGAACGCCGCAAGGCAUUGUUUGACUCGACAGCCUCGGUGCUACGCUGCGACCUCCGCAACUCAACGUACGAGGCACAUUUCAACGUCACCAAUGGAAACCAGCAGGUCAAACUAAAGGUAAAAGAGAUUGAAGAGAAACCGCUCGAUGUCAUCACUGGCGUCUGGGGCAGCAACCCAGACAGCAACAACACGAGCUGCACACCUCUCAACAUGAACUCUGAAUGCACCUUUGAUGCCUCUAUCCUUCGUCAUCUAUCUUACCAGGCUCUAAUGGAUGCCUUUACCGAUAUGCUCAUCGGCAGUUUGACCCUUCGCCGUCGCCAGGAGGAUGAUUCACUUGUCUUUCACGGGAACACGAGUGUCCAGAGCACCGUUCUUACAGCCACACCUGAGCUCCAGAUUCUUAGCAACCUGACACUCUUGUCGAAAGAUUUACCUAUACUCCAGAAGGUAGAGCCGGAUAAGCGUGAGUGGGUUUAUAAAGGACUGUGGAACGGACCUGGAGAGCAGAGAAACACGACGCUGAAGGAGGCACUUGAAGAACUCUUCCAGAAUAUCACAAUCAGUCUUAUGAGCUCGCCACUCCUACAGCCAAACAAACAUUCCGCCUUCAAGCCCAAAAACACAACCGUCACCUUCUCAACCAUGCAUCCUGUCUAUAUCUACGCCCGAAGUCGCCUCUGGCUCGCUUACGGCCUUGGCAUCGCGUGCUCUACACUCAUCGUAUGCAUCGGGAUGUUAGCAAUCUACAUGAACGGAGCUUCAUUUAGCAAUACCUUUUCGACCUUGCUUCGACUGGGGCGUGGGGCAAGUCUAAGCAGCGAGAUUGAAAAGGUUGAUCUCGAUGGUCAAGAUCCACUUCCUGAAUACAUCAAGGAUAUGAAGGUCAAGUUUAGUAAAGGGGGAAUACAAACUGAUGAGUACAUUCCAAUGUCGGAGGCUGAUGAGUGGGAGACGGAAGGGAGAAGACAAUGA